AUGGAAAGGAGCAAAUUAAUUUUGAUAUCAAUCGUAGUUACAUUGGUUUGUUGUUUGGGGGUUGUGCAGGGGUUCACAUAUGACGACAAGGAGGUUCAUACGGAAGAGGGCAGGGAGGCUAUGUUUGAAAGAUGGAGGAGCCACCACAAGUUGGAGGAAAUAAGCCUUGAAGCCAAAAGGAAACAGUACAACACGUUCAAGUCUAGACUGGAACAUGUUCACAAGACAAACAAGGCCAACUUGGGAUUUAAGUUAGAGCUGAACAGGUUUGCAGGGAUGACUCGUGAGGAGAUACAGAGCAAGUUUACUGGAUUUAAGGGUGCCCCUCCCAAUCCUUGCCCUGCAAAGGAUGCUGGUUGUCCGGGUGGUGGUUGCCCAGCGGACAGUGGUUGCUGCCCAGGUGGUGGUUGCCCGGCAAAGGACGGCGGUUGCUGCCCAGGCGGUGGUUGCCCAGCAAAGGACGGUGGUUGCCCGGCCGGUGGUUGCCCAGCGGACAGUGGUUGCUGCCCGGGCGGUGGUUGCCCAGCAAAGGACGGCGGUUGUCCGGCCGGUGGUUGCCCAGCGGAUAGUGGUUGCUGCCCGGGCGGUGGUUGCCCAGCAAAGGACGGCGGUUGCCCGGGCGGUGGUUGCCCAGCGGACAGUGGUUGCUGCCCGGGCGGUGGUUGCCCAGCAAAGGACGGCGGUUGCCCAGCAGAUAGUGGUUGUUGCCCGGGCGGUGGUUGCCCAGCAAAGGACGGCGGUUGCCCAGCAGCGGACAGUGGUUGCUGCCCGGGCGGUGGUUGCCCAGCAAAGGACGGAGGUUGUCCGGCCGGUGGUUGCUGCCCAGGCGGUGGUUGCCCUGCAAAGGACGGUGGUUGCCCAGCCGGUGGUUGCCCAGCGGACAGUGGUUGCUGCCCUGGCGGUGGUUGCCCGGCAAAAGACGGCGGUUGCCCAGCAGACAGUGGUUGCUGCCCUGGCGGUGGUUGCCCAGCAAAGGACGGCGGUUGCCCGGCCGGUGGUUGCCCAACAGACAGUGGUUGCUGCCCGGGCGGCGGUUGCCCGGCAAAAGACGGCGGUUGCCCAGCGGACAGUGGUUGCUGCCCGGCAAAGGACGGCGGUUGCCCGGGCGGUGGUUGUCCAGCAAAGGACAGCGGUUGUGCGGGCGGCGGUUGCCCAGCGAAUGAUGGCGGUUGCUCUGGAGGCGGUUGCCCGGCAAAGGACAGCGGUUGCCCGGCAAAGGACAGCGGUUGCCCGGGUGGUGGAUGCCCAGCAAAAGACACGAACACUAUUUUCAAACCAAUAGAUAACACCGGCGGUGGUUGCCCGGCGAAGGACGGUGGUUGCCCGGGAGGCGGUUGCCCGGCAAAAGAUGGCGGUUGCCCGGGAGGCGGUUGCCCGGGCGGCGGUUGCCCGGCGGCGGACGGAGGUUGCCCGGCGGCAGACGGAGGUUGCCCAGGCGGCGGUUGCUCGGCAAAGGACGGUGGUUGUUCGGGCGGCGGUUGCCCGGCAAAGGACGGUGGUUGUUCGGGCGGUGGUUGCCCGGCAAAGGACGGCGGUUGCCCGGCAAAGGAUGGCGGUUGUGCGGGCGGUGGUUGCCCGGCAAAGGACGACGGUUGUGCGGGCGGUGGUUGCCCGGCAAAGGACGGCGGUUGCCCGGCAAAGGACGGUGGUUGUUCGGGCGGCGGUUGCCCGGCGAAGGACGAUGGUUGUUCGGGCGGCGGUUGCCCGGCGAAGGACGAUGGUUGUUCGGGCGGCGGUUGCCCGGCGAAGGACGGUGGUUGUUCGGGCGGCGGUUGCCCGGCGAAGGACGGUGGUUGCUCGGGUGGCAGUUGCCCGGCGAAGGAUGGUGGUUGCUCGGGCGGCGGUUGCCCGGCGAAGGACGGCGGUUGCUCGGGUGGCGGUUGCCCGGCGAAGGACGGCGGUUGUCCAGGUGGCGGUUGCCCGGCGAAGGACGGCGGUUGCCCAGCGAAGGACGGUGGUUGUCCAGGUGGCGGUUGCCCAGCGAAGGACGGUGGUUGUCCAGGUGGUGGUUGCCCCGGGGGCAGUUGCCCGGCGAAGGACGGCGGUUGCUCGGGCGGUGGUUGCCCAGCAAAAGAUGGCGGUUGCCCGGCAAAAGAUGGCAGAGAGGCUACUGCAAGCAAGGACAACUGGUAUUGGGAUUUCAAGUAUCGUAACGUCACUGACGUCCCUGCCGAGAUGGACUGGAGAAACCAUAAUGCAGUUACCCGUGUCAAGAAUCAAGGAAUGUGUGGGAGUUGCUAUGCAUUUCCAACAGUGGAUUCCGUUGAAGGAAUCCAUUCAAUCGUAAAUGGCGAGCUAAUAGAAUUAUCACCAAAAGAAAUUAUCGACUGUGCUAAUGUAGGCGGAUGUAACGGAGGCUCACCUCAAGAUUCUUUCAAAUACAUCGCCAAUAAUGGAGGUCUAACUACCGAGAAGAACUACCCUUACAAACCUGUAGUUGAGACUUGCACAUUAGAAAAGGCAAAAGAUAUCGCCGUAGAAAUUCAUGGAUAUCAAGACGUCCCCAGGGACGAAACUGAUGAGCAUCUAUUGAAAGCAGUUGCACACCAACCUGUAGCUGUUUCAACGUCAUGGGGAGAUAAUUUAGCGUUAUAUAAAGAGGGAAUUGUGCAAGGACCAUGCGACACGACAGUUUUGCAUUCAACGCUAGCAGUUGGAUAUGGUACAGACCCGGAUGGAACCAAGUACUGGAUAUUGAAGAACUCGUGGGGAGAAGAGUGGGGAGACAAAGGAUACUACAAACUCCACCGUGGAAUUCCUGACAAGAAGGGAAUGUGCGGCAUAGCACAAUUUGCUGCUUAUCCUGUCAUUGAAGCUGAUAGUGGAAUACAUGCCUCACCUGGUGCAGUUGUUAAGGGUGUUAAAAAGCGCUAGACGUUCGUAUGCCCAACUUAAGUUGGAUGUGAUUGUUUCUCCAUUCUAAAUAAUCGGUUGCUGACGCGGAUCCGAUUCAGGCAACUCUACAUUUUUUAGUAUGUAAUUCAACUAUAAAUUUGUACCCGUGCAAAGCGGUGAUGACGAAUAGUUUUUUUCGGCAAUUCUUUUCGAAACAUGUUAUCUUACAAGGAAAACACAAUAUAUUGGAAAAUAUAAUUUACCA